UUCACUAGAUAUAGAAAACAAGAAUGAGGGUUCUUCUGAUAAAAAAACGGUCAGUCAUUUAGAAUCUGCCUUAAUUAAGGAAAUACAAAAAAUUCUGCUGAAUACUAACCAAGAAAUUGGCGGUGGAACAAGCGAAGAGAUUUUGACUAAGGAUGCUUUCGAAAAAAUUCAGCAAAAUUUAAUAAAAUGGGGAUUUAACGACUUUUAUCAUUUUUUAGGAGUUGAUAAAAAUAUAGAGAAAAAGGAACUUAGAAGUGCUUGUGUAAAAAAAAUCAAAGAGUAUCAAGGUGCUAUUGGUAUAAAAACAGAUGAAAAAACCAAAGCACUUUUUCAACUAGCCACAGAAACAAAAAAAAUUUUAUCACUAAGUGCCGAAAUAAAAAACGAACUUGCUCGCUCUGGAGUAAAAACUGAAGAAUUAAUGGAUUAUUUUGGUUUAGGAAAAAUGUCUAAGCAAAUAUCUACUGCCGAACAGAGAGCGAGAGUUUUUCUCGGCUCAGAAAUCAAAGUAACCUAUCGAGAGGGAAUGAUGGUCAUGGGCGAAAGUUGUGGAUUAAAAGAACUUCAAACGAUAUUAGAUAGUGCCCUGCAAAACAUUGGAGAACUGGAAAAACAAAAAAAAGAAGAAGAGAUAAAAAUCAGACUCGAAGAAAGGAGAAUUAAAGAAUUUGAACGCGAGAAACAAAAUACAAUUCCCGAUUUUCUUUUUGACCAAGCCAAAAAAAGAAUACAAAAAGAAUUAGGAAAACAUUAUGACAAGGAAAAAGACUGUCCGGAAAAUGAUAGAGAAAGUGUUUUUAAAGACGUGCAGUCUUUCAUUGGAAAGGCAAAAAAUAGAGUUAAAAAGGCUGCUACUGAGGAGAUUGAUAACGUCCUUGACGAAUUAAAUAAAAUGGAAAAUCUUUCAAUUUCUCUUAACAGAGAUUUUGUUGAAGAAAUUUGGGGAGCAGAAAACCUGGAACAAGUGGAUAAUCUUUACGAGUUAGCCUCCACAGAGAUUAAAAAAGAAGUUAUAAAUUUUUUACAAGUUAAAAUAGUCGAAAGUGAGAUAAGCCAAGCCAAAGCCAAGAGCGAAAACUUCAUUUUUCCUAAAACUCCCGCCACGCCAGGCAUUCCAACAUCUCCUCGUAAUUUUCAAAAGAAAAAAGCAAAAGAGUUUGAAAACCAAGUCAAUACUUUUCUGCAAAGAUUUAUCACUGAACUGGACGAUAGAAUUAUUUUUUUUAAUCUACGAGAUGGUGGAAAAGAUUAUUACAGAGAAUUAGGUUUUACGGAAGGUGAGGAUGUUAGUAGCGUUAAAGAUAGCGAAAACGAGAAAGUGAAUCAACUUAGAGAAAUAGCAGCCAGUUUAAGAAAAGCCAUUAAUAAUUUGAAAUUGUUGGAUAUAGAUUUAGAAAAUCCGCAGGAUUUACUUUCUAUUGCUAGUCAGUGGGAAAACAAAGUUGAGUUAGAUAAAGAGGUAAUGAAAGAAAUAAAACGCCGAGCCCCUGUUCUAAAACAAACCCGUGACAGAUUAAAAAAUGAAUUGGGCCAAGUGGUUGGAUUAUUGGGACAAGACGACAAAAAGGAGGAAAAUACUCCAGUUAUCGAAAAA